AUGGAUGAUUUCGGUCAAAAGUAUUUCUACCUAGUGAACGGAUGCAAAUACAGAGUAUGGCCAGCUUCCUCUUCUACCGCUGGAAACACACAUCUUGAAAUAGGCAACUUCAGUUUAAACACGGGCGACGAGUUCAAAGUUUGGGCUCCUUCGACUUGGAGCGGCCACAUUUGGGGCCGAACUCGCUGCAUUAAUAAUUUAUCCACGGGAGGAAACUUCUCGUGCAUUACCGGCGAUUGCGGUACUGGGAAGCAGUCAUGCGAUGGGAUGCGAGGCCUGCCGCUCGCCACGCUAGCAGAAUUCCGUUUAAGCAACAACAGUGGUGCUCAUUUUUAUAACAUUAGUGUUAUAGAAGGUUUCAAUAUCCCCAUAGAGGUGACUACUAUGGGUGCUUCUUGUGGGUACCAGAAUCGCAAUGGGACAAACACGUUUACUUGUUCAUUUAAUGUUUACAAGAUCAUGUUUUGCCCAGCUUUCAGCACGGGAACUUUCGAUCAAAGUGUGAGUGUAGGUGAGUCACUCACUGCUGGCAAUGGGACAGAUCGAUGGGUUUCUCUUUCGGGAGAGUUUGCUUUUGGAUUUUAUCAACUUCCUAAUGAUCUUUUCUUACUAGCUAUAUGGUAUGAAAAGAUAAAUAGUACUGAUUCUAUUAUUUGGUAUGCAAAAGGUGACAAUCCUAUUCCAAAUGGAUCAAGAUUAGUAUUAAAUGACUCUCAUGGGUUGAUGCUUUCCAACCCUCAAGGUUUAGAGUUAUGGAGAUCAUCCUAUUUUACUUCAAGUAGAGUUUCAAUUGGUCUAAUGAAGGAUGAUGGAAAUUUUCAAUUAUUAGACCAAAAUAAGGUUAUAUUAUGGAAGAGUUUCAGUGAUUCUACCGACACAUUAGUUCCUGGUCAAGAAUUGAAUUCAAAUAGCUACCUAUAUUCUCGAAAAGGAGAAUUCAACUUCUCACGUGGAAUGUUUGAACUUUCUUUACAGAAAAAUGGGCAUGGUUUACUCCUUAACCAUGUAAAUUUUCCUACAAAGACAUACUACAGUACUCAUAGUGGCGUUUACAAUGAAAGUGGUGUUGUUGAUCCAAAUAAUGGUGACAAAUUGAUAUUUGACAACUCACUCUUCUACUUAUACAUACUUAAAAGGAAUGGAGGAAAAAUUUCUAUCACCGAUCCAAAAGAUUAUGUUUCAAAUAAUGCAUACUACUACAAAGCCACUAUCACUUAUGAUGGUGUUUUUACCCUCUCAUAUCACCCUAAAUAUCAAAACAAUAGUCAAGGAUGGGUAAUUGAAAAGACAAUCCCAGAAAACAUUUGUUUGGAUUCUACAUUCAACAAAGGUCCUGGUGUGUGUGGGUUGAAUAGCAUUUGCACCCUCAUAAACCAAAGGCCAGUGUGUACAUGUCCAGAAGGAUAUUCUCUAAUGGACUCAAAUAACAUUUAUGGUGGUUGCAUACAAAAUUCCCACGUCACUUGUCAAGGUAGGAAUCAAGGGUCCCAAAAUGAUACACAUGUGAUGAUGAAAAUUCCUGAAACUUAUUGGCCUUAUUCUGACUAUGAAACAAAGAGGCAUAGUAGCUUACAAGAUUGCACAGAUUCUUGUUUGAAAGACUGCUUAUGUGCAUUGGUAUUUUUCAAUGAAAGUUCUUGUUUGAAGAAGAAACUACCACUCUCACAUGGGAGAAAGGAUAUCUCAAUACAAGGAAUUUCUAUCAUGAAAAUGAGAAAAAAUGAUACUCUACACUCCCCUCCCAAUUUGAUGAAAGGUAAUGGUACUUUGAUCAAUGUGAUGUCAAUUAUUUUUGGAUUCUCCAUUGCUAUAGUUAUAACAUUGGUUGGUGCAAUUUUUUAUUGGUACAACUCAAAGAAGAUAAAAAGUAGCACAAUCAACAAAAGAGUUGUUGAUAGAAGUUUGAGAAUAUUUUCUUUCAAGGAAAUUACACAAGUAACAAACAAUUUCAGGGAAGAAUUAGGAAGAGGGUCUUGUAGCAUUGUAUACAAAGGAAUGGUAGAUGUGGAUACUUACGUUGCAGUAAAAAAACUGGACAAGUUGUUUCAAGAUAGUGAUAAGGAAUUUCAAACUGAAAUGAAUGUCAUAAUCAAAACUCAUCAUAGGAACCUUGUACGUCUUCAUGGGUAUUGUAGCGAAGAUCAACACAGGAUUUUGGUGUAUGAGUUAAUGAGUAAUGGUACUUUAGCAACAUUUCUUUUCACACCUUUGAAACCAAACUGGAACCAACGAGUUCAAAUUGCCAUUGGGAUUGCAAGAGGUCUUGUUUACUUGCAUGAAGAAUGUUCCACCCAAAUAAUCCACUGUGACAUAAAGCCACAAAACAUUCUUCUUGAUGAUGACUACAAUGCCAGGAUUUCCGAUUUUGGGUUAGCAAAACUAUUAUUGAUUAAUCAAAGUCACACAAAAACCGGAAUCAGAGGAACCAAAGGUUAUGUUGCACCAGAUUGGUUUAGGAGUGCACCUAUCACUUCUAAGGUUGAUGCUUUUAGUUUUGGUGUGUUGUUACUAGAGAUUAUUUGUUGUAGGAAAAAUGUAGAGGAUGAUACUGUCAGUGAAGAAAAAAGGAUUUUAAUUGAUUGGGCAUAUGAUUGCUACAAGACUGGAAAAAUAGACGUUCUUUUAGAAAAUGAACAUGGGACAGUCAAUGAUAUGAGUAUAUUUGAAAAAUUUAUCAUGAUUUCUAUUUGGUGCACUCAAGAAGAUCCAUCUCUAAGACCACCAAUGAAGAAGGUUUUGUUAAUGCUAGAAGGGAUCGUUGAAGUUGAAAUUCCUCCAAAUCCCUACUUGUAUGAUUCUUCUAAUCAAAGUUAG